AUGCCCAGGUCACCUUCUGUCGAUAGUGCCUCAUUUGCAUUAGAUCCUGUAGAAUACAGCUACGAUCCAAUUGAUGAUCAGAGCGAUUCCGAUAGCAGUAUCUCUUCCCAAAAUGAUUUUAGGGCUUUCCGCAACAACCCAUCUUCAAGAGAACAAAGAAGCGACCUGAAUAAAUACUCCAAAAGAGAUGGAUCUGACUUUAGUCCCGUCGACUAUCUGAUCAAUAGCAUUAACGCGUCUCUCAAAAGUGUUGCAUUGGACAAAGCUAUGGUCAUUCAAUCCCAGCUCUCCGGGGAACUCAACAACCAAAAUGACUUGGUCCUAAAGAAGCUGCUGGAAUUGGAGACGCGGUUGAAAAGUCACCUGGUCAAAUAUCAGCAGGCCAAGAAAGUCAUAUUGCAGAUAAAUCAAGACUUAGCAUCAUCGAAGAAGAGAAUCAAAAAAAUUACCAAGUACGUCAAGAUAGAAUACCCGAUUGAAUACUCCAAGGCUUACAACAAAGUUAACAAUAAUAUCACAAACGAUGAAGAAGAUCUUUACGGUUAA